AUGGGCGCGUCUCACUCGAACGAUCCCUCGGUUCAUCGCCCGCCCGCGCUCGCGCGGCGCACCUCGAGCGGCUACGCGGUCCAACCCUCGAAAGGGGGCUUCUGCGUGCCGUGCGGGGCCGCGUCCAAGUCGAAGAAGAAGCCGGACGCGCCGGCGGCCCGCCGCCGCUCGCGCGGCUCGUCCGCCGGCGGCGUCUUCUCGCCCUCGCGCACGCACCCGACCGUCGAGCGCUUGAUCUCCGACUUGAGAGGUGCGCGCGCUCGUUUCUUCGCUCCUCCCGCGCGCGUUCCUCUCUCGCCGUCUCCGUCCUCCGCCUCGCUCCUUCGCGCACAGCUGGCGGGGUUUGACUCCUCUCUCGCGCGCAGACGACGGCGUCCUCGCGGACCUGGACAAGGUCGCGGUCAGCAUCGCGGUGAAAAACUCGUCCCCGUCCAAGGAGAUCACGCCGACGCACCCGGUGCGCGCCCGCCCGCCCCGCACUCCCAGCGAGCGCACGUCGUCCUUCCUUUUUCCGUCACGCUCCCUCCGUUCUUCUCCGUCGAGCAGGACGCGCAGACGUCCAAAGCCCUCCCGCCCGCGCCCGUGAAGACGGCGCGGCACAGCAUCCUCCGGCGCGUCAGCUCGAUCAACUGCCCGAUCGCGCUCCCCGCGCUGCGGUCGUCGUCCUCCUUCCACGCCGCGAUCGGCACCGCGGAAGUCGCCGCGGCGGUCGCGUCCGAGGAGACCGCGACGCGACGCGUCACCGCGCGACGCCGGCUCACGUGGAACGACCGCAAAGGCACGCUCGGGGAGCUCGAGCACGUGCAGUGGUUUGACGUCUACGACGGGUUCGGGACCUGCGCGAACGUCGGCCCGGACGCGGGAGCGUCCACGCCCGGCGGCGGCGGCGUCCGACGGAGAAAAUCGACUGGCGGCGCGACCGACGCGAGCGCUUGCUCGUUCGACUCGAAAGCGACGCGCGUCACGUCCAUCAGCGCCGCGCUGUCGAGCGCGGAAAGAGGCGGCCUCGGAAGCGGCUGGGGCAGCUUCGACGCGGACCCGUUCGCGUUCGAGACCGCGCACGACGCCGCGUCGGGUCUGGACCCCGCGGCGAGGACCGCGGUCAGGCGUAUCGCGUCCACGCUCGCGCGGCACGAACGCGACGGCGUCGACGUCCGCGGGAUGACGAACGCCGAGCGCUGCGGGAAGAUGCUGAAGCGGAAGAUCACGAGCAAGGCGGCCGCGCUCGUGGAGGGCGCCGCCGCGGCCGCCGCUGUGGAGGACGCGAGGACGUACCUCCGCGGGAACGACCCGCAUAUGAUGCCGGAGAAUCACAGGAAGCGACCGGUCGUCACCGCGGGGGACGCGAUUUUGACGUGGGUCGUCUCCGCCGCCGCCGCGAAGAAGCGCGAGCGCGUCGAGCUCGACGCCCGGAACGCGGAGCUCCAAGAGCGCGUCCUCACGCUUCUGAGCGAGGUCGAUGCGAUGGCGGACGCGGUACCGAGCCGAAGGAUCGCCGCGGGGUUGAGGGACCUGCACCGCAUGCGUCUGCAGGUGUUCGACUCGCGUUCCAAGGCGCGGGCGAUGGAAGCCGCCGUGGCGCACCUCAGGUGCGUUCUACUGUGUUUUCACCCACCGCUCAGUUUCAAAAUUUGA